AUGAGUCUUAAUAACAAAAUAGGUGUCAAAUGCCUUGACAAUUUGCACCUUAGAGUUUCAGAAAAAGGGAUUUUGGAGGAAAUUUCCAACGAGGAUGUAGAGGAAGAAAACUCAGAAGAGGAUAAGGAUGAAGGAGAAGAAAAAGAACAGGAUGAGGGAAAAGAAAAAGAAGAUGAAAAAGAAAAAGAAAAAGAGGAUCAUCAGCCUGUUCCAACUGCCACAAAUGAUGGGGCAAAGGUUGUUUCAAAAGGGGAACAUGAAGAAGCUGGAAGUAAGGGGGAAAUUUCAAAAGAAGAGGAAGAUGAGGACCUAGAUGAUGAUACUUCUAGUGAUGAGGAAGUCUGGAUGCCAACAAAGAAGGAGCCCUUUGUCAAACAAAGAAAAAGUAUUAGGCUUGCUUCAAAGAGGAAACGUCCUGUGGUUAGUUUGGAUGAUGACUCCUCCACACACACCUCCUGUGAGCCUAAACAGACAACUCCUUCACCAAAACCUGAUGCACCACCUUCACCACACAUUCCAUCACCACCUUCACCUAUUCCAUGUACACCACCACCAACCACCACAUCUAACUCACCAGGUCUGUGUUUCACUGAUUUUGCUAAUCCCUCAGUUUCUACCGAUCCUAUCCUUGAUAAAUUGCAGACUCGUCUCAGUGCCAAGCUUGACACAGUGGAGGUGCAAACUGAGUAUGUAGACGAAGACGAACCUAAGAGAGGUGGAAUUUCAGAAAUUUUGUUUGCUUAUUCACUUGGAGAAGAUGAAAUUCAGAGUUUUGGUUUGCUUGUUCACUUGGGGCAGAUGGAAUCUCAGAAGUUUGCUUUAGAAGUAAGGGAAAUGAUGGUGGAUAUGAUUCAUACAUUACACAAGUAUAAGAAGAAGGAAAGGGUGGUGUGUUUGGUGAGUAUUGGGGGUUGA